UGAAGAGCGCCGGUCUGUUCUAUCGGAGAUUGAUGUCUGUUUGGCUGACUACGGUAAAAGAAUUCUCAUCAAAAAUUUACAGUGUCUACAGCUGAAGAGCUGAAGCGUAUUUUAAAACAGCCUGCCUGAUAGAUGUUGACGAAUGGUGGCAGAUUCCUACGUGGAGCGGACUGCCCGCAUGCUUCAAUUCAAGCCUGCCCAGCGCCGAGAUAUAUCCAGUUUGCGAAACUGGGUGGAAGGUAAUGCGUGUCUCGACAGGGAGGAGACAGCAUACCUUGAUCAUACCUCGGACCUGAUCAGUCUGGCUUCCACUAAUGACGUGGGCUGGUUGGAGGAGUGGGUAGAGGAUAAGCUGAUUUCUUAUUACAGAGGAUUUCGUGAGAAUCCGGCUCAUGAGGUCUCAACGGACUCGAAUGUGUAUAUCUAUUCCGGCUCCCUGACGAAACAGAUAGCUCACGCCAUAUUGCUGUCGGCGACGGCGUUCCUUUUAUUGGUACCUGCAAUUGCAUGUAGCACUACUACCAGUACCGCAUUCCGAAUGAUUAUUAUUAUAGUCUCUAAUCUCGUCUUCCUCUUUGCUAUGUCUAAUUUCUGCAAGCCGAAUUCCACAGAGCUAUUUCUAGCUGCAUGAGGGGUUUGCAGAUAUAUGACAAUCA